GCCAACCUUCAUGUGAUGGAGCUGCUCGUGCUCCUGCUGAGGCCAGACGGCCAGCUCAAGCUUCUCUGAGGAUCUGCAGCGAGCCCGCGGUGGCUCAGAGAAUAUACCCCCAGAUUCUUUGGAUUUUUUUUUGGACAGAGUCAUCCUUACUUUCCCUCAAGAUGACAAACAGUUCAAUCUUCUGCCCAGUUUACACAGAUCUGGAGCCAUUCACAUAUUUUUUUUAUUUAGUUUUCCUUGUUGGAAUUAUUGGAAGUGGUUUUGCAACCUGGGCUUUCAUACAGAGCAACACAACUCACAGGUGCGUAAGCAUAUAUUUAAUUAAUUUGCUUACGGCUGAUUUCCUGCUGACUCUGGCAUUACCAGUGAAAAUCGUCGUGGACUUGGGCGUGGCACCCUGGAAGCUGAAGAUAUUCCACUGCCAAGUGACGGCCUGCCUCAUCUACAUCAAUAUGUACUUAUCAAUUAUCUUCUUAGCAUUUGUCAGCAUUGAUCGCUGUCUUCAGCUGACAUACAGCUCCAAGAUUUAUCGGAUACAAGAACCUGGAUUUGCCAAAAUGAUAUCGACCGUGGUGUGGCUAAUGGUCCUUCUUAUAACGGUGCCCAACAUGAUAAUUCCCAUCAAAGACAUCGAGGAGAAGCCAAAUGUGGGAUGCAUGGAAUUCAAAAGGGAGUUUGGCAGAAAUUGGCAUUUGCUGACAAAUUUCAUAUGUGUAGCAAUAUUUUUAAAUUUCUCAGCCAUCAUUUUAAUAUCUAACUGCCUUGUAAUUCGACAACUCUACAGAAACAAAGAUAAUGAAAAUUAUCCAUAUGUGAAAAAAGCCCUCAUCAACAUACUUUUAGUGACUACAGGCUACAUCAUAUGUUUUGUUCCGUAUCACAUUGUCCGAAUCCCAUACACCCUGAGCCAGACAGAGGUAAUAUCUGAUUGCCCGACCAGGAUUUCACUCUUCAAAGCCAAAGAGGCCACACUGCUCCUUGCUGUGUCGAACCUGUGUUUUGAUCCUAUCUUGUACUAUCAUCUCUCAAAAGCAUUCCGCUUAAAAGUCAACAUGACUUUUGCUUCACAGAAGGAGACCAAGGCUCCAAAAGAAAAAUCAAAUGGUGAAAACAGUGCAUAAAAUAUGGGAUUUUUCAUGCUAUCACUUCCUCCCUCAAUGGACAAUAAGCACUGGGAAAAAGAGAAAAGAAACUAAGUAAAAGACAGCUAGCAUAUGUGGCCUGGUUUACUGAGAAACUGUUUCAAAAUACUGUAAGUACUCUUGUGGUUGCUAAUGAUCCUUUAUCCAAAUAUUUGUACCAAAAAAACUAAAAGAUGCUGUUGGGCCAACGUAAAACCUUGCAUUAUCCUUGAAAUCUAAAGGAGUUUUAUGACAGACUCAGAGGCAUUCAUCAAGUAUUCAUUUAAAUACCAGGAACUGACUUCUUGAUAGAAACAUGCAAGAUAAUCUCCAUGUAAGGUGCCAGAAAGCCCUUAAGCAACACAAUUUAAAUAAAACCAUUUAGAUCGUACCAAAAAAAGUCCAGCUGAUUUUUAGGUGAAACCACCUGUGCCUGAUUUAUUUUUAAUCUAUCAUUUCAAUGAUGGUAACCUUUUAGCUCACCACUCCGAUUUUUAAUAUCUAAUUGGUUUGUAACACAGGAACUAAGACUGUUUACUUCUAAAAAGGCUUGGAAAUACAUGGGUAGUUUUUAAUGUCCUUUAUACACUUCUAUCAGUAGGUUAUAAAUAAAGACUUUCUACUCUAA